AACUGUGAACCGCACCCGCAUACAAUCGAUAGCAGAUUUCAUUUAUGUCAAAUGGAUAAUGGCAGCGACAGCAAUUGAUAUGAUGUUGCAAAGUAAUGGAUUUCAUUCAAAGAAAAAAGAAGAUUCAGAAAAUAAAGAUAAUUUAUGGUCUUCUAUUUUGGCUGAAGUACAAAACAGUAGCAGUAAUAAAUUACCCUCAAAUAAGAAUAUUCUUGUUUUAGGUGAUAAUGAAAGUGGAAAAACAACACUCAUUGCUAAAUUACAAGGUGUAGAAGAUCCAAAGAAAGGUUCUGGUUUGGAAUUUGCAUACAUUGAUGUGAGAGAUGAUUAUAGAGAUGAUCAAACAAGAUUAUCUGUUUGGGUAUUGGAUGGCGAUCCUGGUCAUGCAAAUCUUUUAAGAUUUGCAUUAAAUGCAGAAAGAUUUCCACAUACCCUUGUUAUGUUAGUUGCUGCAAUGACAACACCAUGGGCUAUUUUGGAUCAACUUCAAUCUUGGGCUGCUCUUUUAGGAGAUCAUAUUGAUAAAUUACCUUUAGAUAAUGAUACUUGGCAACGGUGUAGGCAAUUAAAUGUAAAAAAAUGGCAAGAUUAUACAGAACCUGGAGAUGAAUUAGAUCCUGGUAGUCCCUUAAGACGUACUAGUCGUAAUUUGGAUGAUGAUACAAUGGAUAACUUACCAUUACCAGAAGGAGUACUUACAACAAAUUUGGGAUUAGAUGUUGUUGUUGUUAUUACAAAAACUGAUUAUAUGUCCACGCUUGAAAAAGAACAUGAUUACAAAGAUGAACAUUUUGAUUUUAUACAACAAUGGAUAAGACGAUUUUGUUUACAAUAUGGUGCAGGAUUAUUUUACACAUCAGCAAAAGAAGAUAAAAAUUGUGAUUUGCUUUAUAAAUAUCUUACACAUAGAAUUUAUUCAUUACCAUUUAGAACACCUGCUUUAGUUGUUGAAAAAGAUGCAGUUCUUAUUCCUGCUGGUUGGGAUAAUAUGAAAAAAAUUAGCAUUCUUCAUGAAAAUUUGCAAUCAAUGAAACCUGAUGAUUAUUAUAGAGAUGUUAUUGCACAACCAUCAAUAAAUAGAAAGUGUGUAGCUAGAGAAGUAGAAGUACAAGCAGAAGAAGAACAAGCUUUCUUAGCAAAACAACAAGCUGCAUUAUUAGGUGUAAAAGAUCCAACACGUUCUCCCACAACCAGGAAUCAGGCAAGCACUGGACCAGUUAUUCAGGUAGCAUCGCCAAAUAAAAAACUAGAUCCUAAAGGUACUGGAUCUACACAAUCUGGAGAAGGUGUUUUAGCUAACUUUUUCAAUUCUCUUCUUCAUAAAAAGACUGGAAGUCCUGGAUCACCAGUUGGUAGUGGCAUUGGCACAAGCCCCAUAAAAAUUGAUAGUGCAUCAGUAGAUAAAGCAACUAUGUGUAAUGAUGCAGCAGUGGAAUUAGAUCGCCUCACUCGAACGAAAAAGAUUUCUCCUCCUAAUUUAAAUUCAUCAUCUGAAUGUUAAAGAAAAUAUUUUUUCUUUGCGAUCCAAAAUAUAUAGAAAUAAAAAUCAAGAAUAUGCAAGUAUUUUAAUAAAAUUUUGAAAAUGACUUAACAAAUAUAUAAUAUAUUCAUCUGA